CGGCGCUCGCUCCGCCAGUCCGGGUGCUCCACGCUGCCGGUCCGCCUCUGCCCGUUCCGGCGUGCUCUGCGCCCCGCCAUGCUCGGUGUCCGGGUGCUGCUGCGGCUGCUGCCGCCGCUGCUGCUGCUGCUGCUGGCCGGACUGACCCCUCCGGCGGCCGGCUCCCUGUGCUUCUGUGACCGGAAGGCGUGUCCCACCGUCACCUGUUCCGAGGGACGCUCUCCGGUGCCCGACGACUGCAACUGCUGUCUGGUGUGUGGCCAGGCCGAGGGCGAGCGCUGCGGAGGCAACCACGAGCUGUACGGACGCUGCUCGGAGGGACUCGAGUGCCGCCGCCGGCCACCGGGGCUGGGCCAGCCGAUUGGACAGGCGACUGAGGGGGUCUGCACUGCUGUCGGCUGCCAAAUCUGCCAGCUGAUACUGGGAUUCUGCACGUGUACACAAGAGGAGGACUGCCCCGACGUCUCCCGAAACCCCACCGCCUUCUACAGCCGCACAGAGUGCGAGAAGGCGGCCGCGCGCCCGCCGCCGGCCGCCGCCGUCACCGCCGCGCCGACAGCAGCGGACGCGUGCGCCGACGUGUCGUGUCUAUCGACGGCCGAGGGCACCUCUCUGUCUGGCUGUCCGGUGGACUCGGUGCUGAAACUGGCGCCGCCGGCCCGGCCCGACUGCUGUCCUUCAGUGGCCGAGUGUGUGUGUGACCUCGAGUCGUGCCCUCGGCGGCCGCAGUGCGCGCACGGUCAGCCCACCGUGGUCCGCGCCGGAGACAGGAGGCCAGGCAGCUGCUGCAGCAUCUGGGACUGCAAGGACAGCGAAGCCGCGCCGGCUGCCGCGCCUGCCGUGUCCGCGGCGCCGUGCACCAACGUGAGCUGUCCGCCGGCGGCGCCGUGUCCUGCGGACAGCUACCGGUCAGCCCCGGAGGGAUGCUGUCCGGGAGCGUGCGUGUGCCAGCCGGCGCCGUGUCCUCUGCCGGCGUGUCCGGGCGGCGCGCGGCCCCGUGUCCUGAUGGACGCGUCCGGACAGCCGGGCGCCUGCUGUCCCGUCUACCAGUGCGAGGAGAACUCGACGUGCGUGCACCAGGGCAAACGGUACGAGGAAGGAGCCACGUGGCAGAUGGACCAGUGCACCACGUGCCAUUGCAAGGACGCCGUCAGCUUCUGCGACCAGCUACAGUGCCCCGAGCUGGGUCCGUGCCCCCAGGUGACCGACCCGGGCCAAUGCUGUCCCCGCUGCAUCGACGGGUGCCUCUCUCGGUCGGGCGUGUUCCACAACAACAGCGAGCAGUGGGAGGAAGAUGAGUGUACCACGUGCUCGUGCGCCGACAAUGAGCUGCACUGCCACAUCGCCCAGUGCAACCCGCCCUGCAGGAACCCCGUCCACGUACCCGGCCGCUGCUGCCCCGUCUGCAACCAAACAGAGUGUGCCGUGGUGUGCGAGCACGGAUACCGAACGGACAGCAAGGGCAGGCCGCUGUGCCAGUGUGUGACGGCCGCCGAGCCGGAGCCAAAGCCACAGCCGCGGCCGGAGCCCACACCAAAGCCACAGCCGCGCUGCCGCGACAUGAGCUCCUGCAAGAAGCAGUGUCCCCACGGCUUCAAAGUGAACUCCAAAGGCUGUGCGAGGUGUAAGUGCCACCACUGCCGCCGUCUGAAGGGCUGUCCUCUCACCUGCCCUCUGGACGUGAACGACCGAGGCUGCACUGUGUGCCGGUGUCGGGAGGGGGCGACCGGCCUCCCGGCGCCGGUCACCACUCCGACUCCGACUCCGACUCCGACCGUACACAGACUCAGCUGUGUGUCCACAGCGGGCGAGGUGCACGCGCCAGGAGCCUCCUGGGACGACGGCUGCCGUCAGUGCUACUGUCACGAGGGCACCGAGAUGUGCUCUAUGAUCGCGUGCGCGGUGCCCGCCUGCGAACACCCCGAGAUCGAGCCCGGCCAGUGCUGCCCCACGUGUCCCGAUGACUCUGUGGUGCCUUCGCGUCACGUGAACCUGACAGUCUGCCUGUCGGCGACGGGCGGCACCUAUCUGGAGGGCCAGACCUGGCACCUGGACAGCUGCACGAGCUGCCUGUGCCGCGGAGGCCGAGUGCUCUGCAGUCACCCGGUCUGCCCGCCGGCCGCCUGUCCCCAACCCGAGCGGCGGCCUGGCCACUGCUGCCCGGUCUGUCCCGGCCGCUCGCCGACAGGUGGCAGCACCGAGCCGCCGCCAGAGGGCAGGCGCGGCGGCCGGGCGUGUGCCGCCGGGCCGGGUCCCUCCUGGCCGGACGGCGCCGCCUGGAGGAGCAGCGCCUGCGUCAGCUGCCGCUGCCGGAACGGCGCCACCCGCUGCUACCACGAGCGCUGUCCGAAACUCAGCUGCGAGCGGCCGGUGCUCAGCAAGGGUCGCUGCUGUCCACACUGCAUCGCAGAGGCCACCCGCGACGGCAGCUGUUUCCUUGGUAACCGUACACUGGCCUCGGGCGAGUCCUGGCAGGUGGACGCCUGCAAGAGCUGCGUGUGCCGCGCCGGUCAGCUCAGCUGCGCCCAGAAGGUCUGUUCGACCGCGUGCCGCGGCCCGGUCCCCGCCGGCCACUGCUGUCCCGUUUGCAAAGAGGACGUUUCGACCACCUCCCGUCACAACUAUCCGUUCCUGAACGGUACCAGUAAGGUGGCGCACCGUAUCCGGGUUCCGGACCCGGCGACCGAGACCCCGGAGCCGGACCCCGAGGAGACGGACGGAGCCGAGCUCACGCUGGUCCAGAAGCUGCUCAUUUCGGGGCUGAGCUUGCUCACCCUGGUGCUCCUGAUAGCCGUGUGUGGCCUCUGCUUUUGUAAGGUGCGCAAGAGCAACCGUUUCACGCCCAAAAAGCAGCCCCUCCAGGUGCUGGCUGAAGAGGAGAAGAAGCCCCUGAACGGCGCGCAGACGCUCGACUGUUCAGCUCCGCUGAGCACCAUCAGCUCGCCGCUGCGUCCGCCUGAAACGGUCAUCGGCAUGCGAUGAGCGCCGCCAGCGCGCGCCCUGCCUUGCCACGUCAUUGUAAAUAGUUCAUUGUGGGCGCCGCAACGGGGAGGGGUCUUGGCUACUUUAAGGAUCAAAUCGGUUUUGUUCUUGUUUCGAAGUCAGAACUAAAAGGAGUUGCCUAUUAGUGGGCAGCAAUGGUAGGAUCUGCUAGUUUGUGUAGGUGGUUGCUUGACUUAUCAAAAGUGAUACGGAAGUAGCUAUGCCCCUCCCCAGUUGCCGGGACGUCCCUACGUUCAUGUAGUCUACCACUGAUGGGUUUUUAGAGCCGUCCCGCCAGACUUGUGUCCGCUUCCACUUGACUGGUGGUACCCAUUCAACGUCCGCGGCGCUCCCGAAGAAACUACAUAACUCGUAUACUACAUGUAUAACUCGGGGACCGUUUCGGCCAUUAAAAAAUCGGUGACUUUAUUCAAACUACCGACACGCAGCCAACAGUCACUCGAUUUCGAUAGCAAUUGUGAAUCCGUUUUACCAUGACAAGCAAAUGUCAUGAAUUUUAAGCUAUGGUAUAAUUUUAAUCCAACAUUAACAGGAUUUUACAAUCAAAGACUUGGGGAAAAACGGAGUGUCACGAAUAUGACGCCACAUUUUUUAUCGUUGGUUAACGUUCGCGCGUCAUCGAAUAUUGUCGAUACCCGGAGCCUCUGUGCUUCUCGAGUGGAGCCGGCGCGAGUCUGACGGCGGGGCGGCGCCGGCGGCGACCGGCCGCCGGGCGGUGUGGUGACCUUUGUCUGUGAUAAUGGCCCCGAAUACAUGGGCAAGUAAAUACGUAUCACGAGCGGGUUUUGCAAACCGCUCAGCGUUGUAGCCCGUUUGUAGUACGCAUUUACUCUGCUCAUGUAUUCCCGGUCAAUGCCUCUCGCCUGCGACCGUGGCGGCCUUCAACAGUGCUCCGACGGACACCGCGCGUGUACUGCCAUAGUUGCACGCUGUGGGCUGGUCUGCACACGCGCGUACUCGGAGCUUCAGAUGAAUAUUUCCUUCGGAAAGUGCUUUGAGCUCGCUGGUGUGACGUUUCCAUGGCGUUUCCAUGUGCGGUCCUUGAGCCAGGACCUCUACAUAAGUGUAUAUUCUGUAGGUAGUGGUGGUUAACAAUAAGGCGCCGUUCUUCGAUAUCGCUAUAUUUUCAGUUAAUAUGUUUUCAGAUGUGCCAAUAGAUUCGGUUCCGUAUUGUAUCUGUGUAAAAUGAGCUGUCUAGCGUACUC